UUUGGGAGAGGCCAAGGGAUGCCCUUUGGGAGGGGCCGAGGGAUGCCCUUUGGGAGAGGCCAAGGGAUGCCCUUUGGGAGGGGCCGAGGGAUGCCCUUUGGGAGAGGCCAAGGGAUGCCCUUUGGGAGGGGCCGAGGGAUGCCCUUUGGGAGAGGCCAAGGGAUGCCCUUUGGGAGGGGCCGAGGGAUGCCCUUUGGGAGAGGCCAAGGGAUGCCCUUUGGGAGGGGCCGAGGGAUGCCCUUUGGGAGAGGCCAAGGGAUGCCCUUUGGGAGGGGCCGAGGGAUGCCCUUUGGGAGAGGCCAAGGGAUGCCCUUUGGGAGGGGCCGAGGGAUGCCCUUUGGGAGAGGCCAAGGGAUGCCCUUUGGGAGGGGCCGAGGGAUGCCCUUUGGGAGAGGCCAAGGGAUGCCCUUUGGGAGGGGCCGAGGGAUGCCCUUUGGGAGAGGCCAAGGGAUGCCCUUUGGGAGGGGCCGAGGGAUGCCCUUUGGGAGAGGCCAAGGGAUGCCCUUUGGGAGGGGCCGAGGGAUGCCCUUUGGGAGAGGCCAAGGGAUGCCCUUUGGGAGGGGCCGAGGGAUGCCCUUUGGGAGAGGCCAAGGGAUGCCCUUUGGGAGGGGCCGAGGGAUGCCCUUUGGGAGAGGCCAAGGGAUGCCCUUUGGGAGGGGCCGAGGGAUGCCCUUUGGGAGAGGCCAAGGGAUGCCCUUUGGGAGGGGCCGAGGGAUGCCCUUUGGGAGAGGCCAAGGGAUGCCCUUUGGGAGGGGCCGAGGGAUGCCCUUUGGGAGAGGCCAAGGGAUGCCCUUUGGGAGGGGCCGAGGGAUGCCCUUUGGGAGAGGCCAAGGGAUGCCCUUUGGGAGGGGCCGAGGGAUGCCCUUUGGGAGAGGCCAAGGGAUGCCCUUUGGGAGGGGCCGAGGGAUGCCCUUUGGGAGAGGCCAAGGGAUGCCCUUUGGGAGGGGCCGAGGGAUGCCCUUUGGGAGAGGCCAAGGGAUGCCCUUUGGGAGGGGCCGAGGGAUGCCCUUUGGGAGAGGCCAAGGGAUGCCCUUUGGGAGGGGCCGAGGGAUGCCCUUUGGGAGAGGCCAAGGGAUGCCCUUUGGGAGGGGCCGAGGGAUGCCCUUUGGGAGAGGCCAAGGGAUGCCCUUUGGGAGGGGCCGAGGGAUGCCCUUUGGGAGAGGCCAAGGGAUGCCCUUUGGGAGGGGCCGAGGGAUGCCCUUUGGGAGAGGCCAAGGGAUGCCCUUUGGGAGGGGCCGAGGGAUGCCCUUUGGGAGAGGCCAAGGGAUGCCCUUUGGGAGGGGCCGAGGGGCGUGGCAGGCUGUCUGUAGGGCUGUCCCAGGCGCGGUGCCGUCCGACCGCCUCUGAGGCCCCGUCUCUCCCCAGCUGGCGCAGGACUCCCUCCCGCAGAACAGCUCCCAGCGCAUCCACGCCUUCUCCACCACCACGCUCAGCGACAUCAUGAAGUCCUUCUCGGACGUGAGCACCAUCCGCGUGGCCGGGGGCUACCUCCUGAUGCUGGCGUACGCCUGCGUGACCAUGCUGCGCUGGGACUGCUCCAAAUCCCAGGGGGCCGUGGGCCUGGCUGGUGUCCUGCUGGUGGCUCUCUCCGUGGCGUCGGGACUCGGGCUCUGCUCCCUGCUGGGGAUCUCCUUCAACGCAGCCACCACCCAGGUACCGCACGCCAGGGCGGAGCCCGGGGAGAUCUGGCCGGCCGAGCUCGCCCUCCUGCACAGGGCUGCCCUUCUCACCCGCUCUGCAGCGGGAUGGAGACGGCAGGGGUCACGUGGGCACUCAGCCCUUGCCAUCAGGGCUGGCCCGGUGCAGCGCUAGGGGGCGCUGUGCUGCGGGGCAGGGGGCGCUCUCCCCUGGCAUUCAGUGCUGCCCCGCAGUGUGCCGCUAGGGGGCGCUGUACUGUGGGCAGUGAGGCAGGAGGCGCUCUCUCCCCUGGCAUGCAGGGCUGACCCCGCAGUGCGCCACUAGGGGGGCGCUGUACUGUGGGCGGUGAGGCAGGGGGCGCUCUCUCCCCCGGCACACAGGGCUGACCCUGCAGUGCGCCACUAGGUGGCGCAGUGCUGCAGGCAGCAGGGCUGGGUUCAGCAUCUCAGCAGGGUGAGGGGGCACACGUUGCCCAUGGGGGCAGGCAGAUGGGGGGCCCUGUGCCCCAGCCUGUGCCGGUUGCUCCUGG